UAAGCAAAAAUAUAGCUAGACAGAAAAUAAUAAUAAAAUAAAGCAACAAUAUACAUAAAACUGUACAAUAGCAGCAGUUUACAAAAAAUCUUAGGGCUUGGCAAAAACACAUUUCCCCAAGACAUCUGACCACAAUGGACUCAAUGUCCAGGGUUUUCAGUUUAUUCCUUGCUAUCAAGUUGUUGUUUUCUAUGAUAAAACUAUUCUCCAAAACUUUUCGCUAACAGAAAGUUCAACGUCAUCUGAACUCUGAAUAGUCCCAGCUGAAUGGUGUAUGUUAUUAGGUCAACAGAGUAUUUUAAUUAAGUAUAGGUUUAAAUUAAUUAAUCCAUUGUAAUCAUGGGAAAACACUCGUGAGUGCAGAUGUCAUGAAGAAAAGAUGGAUAACUCAGUUGAUAGCGAGGAACAAAUUCCAACCCCCGAGACAGAAAGAGUCCAAAGAGAUCAUUCACAGCUUAAUGAGGCUAUGGAACCGUUUUGCAACAAAGAAAUAGCUCAUAUCUAGUUACUUUAGUUGUGGUCGAAGAUAAGAAGAAAUCUGGCUGUAGUGCACGAUGUAUAAAAUACCCUGUACCGUUUUUUAUCUCCAAGUUGUGCAGUACGUACAGACCCGUAAAAACCCUCACUGAUAUGUACCCGCAACCGACGUGUAUGUUACAAAAACAAAGCGUUCCUCAACAGAUAUGGGGGAAGGUUAAUAUAGUAGCACCGUUACCAUGGGGAUAGAUAUCCGGACGCUCCGAACGAAAAUAAUACUGGUCGGCGUGAUAAAAACUAAAUAAUACAUACAAUGUCAGUUUAAACUAUAAUACCAUAGAUUAUUUUCUAAAAAUAUUACCUUGUUUUUUUUAGCUUGCUCUAAUUCUAUCCACAUUAACAUACAGCAAAGUUUGUUGUACAAAGCAGAAGAAUUUGCUUAGAAGCUUUAAUUUUUUUUUUACCACUGUUUAGAUGCAAGGCAUGUGUAGCGAUUUGGUACUGUAGAGUAGCAACAUAGUGAAAUUUUAUUGCAUACAGGAAAAUGGACACUGAAUACUUAAAAGGCUGUAUGGGAAAAUGCCUAAUAGAAGGAUUAGCAGAGGUGGUCGAGCGUCGACCGAUGGACCCCAUCGAAUUUCUUGCACAUUGGAUUUACAAGUACAAAGAAAACAUGAACAACCAGGAGAUAAGAAAGGCCUUCAGACUGCAAUUGGAGCAGGAGAAGCAAAAGGCCAUUGAGGAGGCUGAGCACCAUAGGCAGAUGAAGGAGGAAGAAUGUAAGAUCAUGGGACAGGCCCCAGAAGAACCCAAAGAAACAAAAGAAGUUAUGGAACAACCUGCAAUCUCUCCAUCAGCUACAGUUUUUGAAAGACCUAAGAAAUUCAACCCUCCGAAGCUUGCUGCUGUGAUAGAAGGCGAAGAUGGGGUGACUGAUGAACCUGAUGAAAUCGAAAUUAUUGAACCUGCCAAAUCUACACAAGUGGAGCCAACAUCAGAACCAGAGAAUAAUGACUUCAGGCCAGACAACACGCUCUCUGGGGAGGGUCAAACUGGGGAGCCACAGGAGAUGCAGAUACCUUCUUCACCUGAUCAUCAGGGCCAAGAGCAGACAGAUAAACCUAUCACAAGGGACGCUAUUGAGGCCACACUAGAAGCGGUGACCUCGGAGGGUGAUGAUGUCAGCGGCGACGUGACACGACCUGAGGAGGACGCAGAGAUGGCACUUGAACACACAACUCCCAAGGACGAAAGGGAGGAGGUGAAACCUUGAGAGGACUUCUGUUUCCAGAGAAAUGAGGAAGACGAGGAUGAGUAAGAACUGGAAUGGGGAUUUUCCGACAUGACCCAAUCUGGCCCAGCAGUUUAGUAAAAAGCAAUAAUAGCCUACAUUCCGUGUGAUAGACUGAAUGAAAUGCAUGAUGUUUCCCAGAGCAGGAUAUAGCUCAAUGUGUGUAAUAUGCUGUCUACUUUGUCAAUGUAACAAUAUAUCAAGUUGAAUAUUAAUAAACUGGUGUCUUCUAUUUUGAAAGACAUUUUUAAGGAGUCAUACUGUAACUGAUGUGUGAGAAUUACAAUAUGAACCUCAAAGAACGACAGUAGUUGUGAGAACUAAGCAUUCUGAUGUGGAAUUCCAUUCAUCCUGAGGGAUUACUUCUCACAUAACAUAAGCAAUUUCAGGGAAAAUUAUUUUACAUGGAAUAUUCAUGAAAUAUAAUAUAUUGGUGCUUGCUCUGUAAUAAAAAUCAUGUUUAAAUUUCUAUAAAAAUGUGUCAUGUGCCAUAAAGUUUAAACUAGCAAAUCUCCUACUCUUGAACUUUGAUUUGUCUUGGA